AUGACUAACACGGGCUAUGCGCGUACGUACGCUGAUUUCCAGAAUUAUGUGACAUAUGCGCUUGGACAUUCGAAUAAACCUAUAGAAUUGUAUGGUUACGAAUUUCAACCGGCAGGGCAUGAUUUCAAGGUCUUCGACAAACAAGGAAAGGAAGUCGACCCGAAAGCAGCAUACGAUGCUAUACAAGCAGAUCGGCAGAGUCGAUACAGCUUUCACGAACAAAAAAAUCUUGAUACGUAA